AACGGUUGUGAACGUCCUCCGGGAGCUGGCGGAGAAGCGGCAGCUUUCAGAGGAGACUGUGAGUUUGCUGCAGGCCCAGUUUUCAGAUUUGCCUUGUGAGACGCACAGCUGGAGGCAGAUGGCAGAAUACUCACCAGAAAUGAGGCAAUUUGCUUGUAUUCUCCACCUCUACCAUAAUAAGGCCUAUGAUUUUCUACGGAAGAUUUUUCCCCUGCCUCAUCCUUACAGCCUGACAAAUUGGCUGUCUAAUAACGAGACUGCUGCAGGCUUCAGCAACGACAUUUUCCUCUGCCUUCAGGAAAAGGUGGAGAGAGGGGAACAGGCCUACUGCUACUGUGCCCUGAUGGCACAAGACAUGUCCCUGCAGAAGCAGCAAGAGUGGGACCCACAGACCCAGCGCCUGAUGGGCUUUGUUGACUUGGGAGCAGGCGUCCUCGAUACUGACGAAGCUCCGCUGGCCUCGGAAGCAAUAAUCCUCAUGGCAGUUGGCAUCUCAAGUCCCUGGAGGGCUCCCCUCGGCUACUUCUUCGUGAACAGCACAACUGGCCAUCUCCUUGCUCAGCUGCUUCGUCACACCAUUAAUAAGCUGAACAACAUCGGCAUCACGGUGCUGGCUGUGACAUCAGGCGCCACUGCUCAUGGUGCUGAGACUGCCAGAGCUCUGGGGAUCAGGAUAGAUCCUGAAAGGACCCAGUGCACUUUCCAGCACCCGCCUGGCUCUGCUCACAGCAUCACAUACUUCUUUGACGUUGGCCAUGCACUCCAGCUGAUAAGGAACACGCUGCAGUGCUUCCAGAAGAUAGAGUGGCUCAGUGACACCGUGUGGUGGCAGCAUGUGGCAGAGCUGGCAACCUUGCAGGUGGAGAGGGUGUUAGAGCCAUGCACUCCCAAGUCAGGUGGACCUGGGGGUGAGGAGAGGUACCACCUGAAGGUCAACCCCGCCACCCCAUUAUUCAGCGAGGGUGUUGCUGAUGCACUGGAGCACCUCCAGAAGCUGGGCCUGGCCUCGUUCCACAACUGCAGUGGUACUGCCAAGUUUGUGCGUUUGAUGAGCCGUCUGUGCAACGUUUUUCACGGCAGAAGUCCCUAUGGAAAGGGACGGAAGGGGACUUUGUUAGCUGGAAACUACACCAAAGUAAUUCACCUCUUUAAUGAGGCCAAGAGCUGCUUUAUCACCUUAGUGGACUCUAUGGGGAGAUACAUUAUUAAGAGCAAACGCAAAUUAGGAUUCUUAAGUUUCUUGCUCAAUGCUGAAAGCCUCAAGUGGCUUUACACCAACUAU